CCAGUGGGACAGCCUCUGUGGGCGGGGUAUGUUUGGAACCUCCUUGAGCGUCCUCACUGCUCACUGUUGACGUUCAGCUGAUGAAUGUAACACAAAGGGUUAUUUGGCAAACCUAACGUUCGUCAAGUCCAGUAGCUCUUUGCUUUAAAGAAGUCGAACUUGCGGCAACAACUGAGUUCAGUAUGUAAGGUUGAAUAGACAACGUGCUUACAUGCUGAUAAACGCAUAAGAGUCAUGUAAAUGCAGGUCACGGCAGAUCGUAGAAUCAAACAUGGCGACUCCCAUGGAACUGAGAUGCUGGGGAGGCGAUUGGGACCUGCCCUCUGUGCAUUUCGAAUCUCUUAUUGUGCUGGCUUAUGGGAAAUUUGCAGGGGCAAAGAUCUCUGCUAAGCCCAUCGACUGGACAUGGAUGACGAUUACAGCCACUGUUCCAGAACUCCAUUUCGAUGGAUGUACCGUAAUAGAGCCCAUGAAAAUACUCAACUUCCUCAGAAAACAGGGGCUCAAUGCUGACUAUGAACUGACAGCCAAACAGGGUGCUGAUACGAUGGCCUACAUUGCACUGCUGGAGGAGAAGUUAAGACCAGCACUGCUGCACACAUUCUGGGUGGAUGCAGAAAACUACGCCAACCUGACGAGGCCAUGGUUUGCAUCACACUCUCCCUUCCCUCUCAACUUCUUUGUCCCUGGUCGUCAGGCCAGUUUGGCACUUUCCCGCAUCAUGCUGACCAAAGGGGAGUCUCCUUACUGCACCAUAACAGAGGUGGAGGGCAAGAUUUACAGUGAAGCCAAGGAGUGCCUGAACCUACUGUCACAUCGAUUGGGUACCUCACAGUAUUUCUUUGGAAGCACGCCUACAAGCCUUGAUGCCUUUGUGUUUGGGUACAUCGCCCCCCUCCAUAAAGCCCCUCUCUCCAGCGGGCAGCUCCAACAGCACCUCAAACAGCUGAGCAACCUCUGCCAGUUCUGCAACACCAUCCUCAAGAACUUCUUCACUGAGAAUCCCCCAGAGUCUCCUCCAGCUAUUCAGGAGCCAGUAGAUGCAAACCUUCAGAAACUAACACAGCUGGUCAACAAGGAGUCCAACCUUAUAGAGAAGAUGGAUGACAACCUGCGGAGCAGUCCUCAGCACCGUCCCCACAGACCACAGACCAGGUCCAAAAACUCCACACCAUCCUAACGCCUUCCAUGGGCAGAAACUUUCCAAAAACCUCCCCUGCAUCCCCCCCUCCCCCUUCUUUCAUCAGAGUGGGAUUCCACAACAGGUUCACUGAGAUACUGCACUUCCUCUCAUAAGCUUGGGAGCUUGCAGUUGUGUGCUGUAUGCAGGGAAACUAUCUUCUUGCUGCUGACUGUCCAUGCAAUGGACUCUCCUCAGACCACAUGUUGAGGUUAUGGUGAAGAUCUUUUGCCAGUGUGUUGAACAAGGAACCUAAACAUUCUUGCGGUCUCUGUCCAAAGCUCAUAGCAUAGCUUAUCCCAUCCAGUCUCAACGUGGCUGUAUUCCUAGUAUUCUUACUGCAAUUCCCAUAGCUCAUAAGAUUAGGAUUGAAUCCCAUUAGUAGUAGGGAAUGGCAUCUAGAUUUGUAAUGUGUAAUUAGCAAAUACUGUGUUGGUUUUAAAAAGGGAUAAUAUUUAUGAGGUGAGGCUUUCUGAUGUAGGAAACAUGAAAGUGAACAGGAGAAAAACUCAAUGAACUCAAUAAUAUUGAAUGGCAUGUUCUGCUUCAUCCGGUGUCUCCAUUAUGAAGUUGUAGCUAAUGGAGACGAGACAAACUGAUUUAAAAUGUAUUUGAUACCUCGCGGGCUGCUCCAUACUUAUGCAUGAGACCUUUUUAGAGGCAAGGCAACAUUUAAAAAAUGCUCUGAUAUGCUUUACAUUUACUACGACACUGUCUGCAGCAUUUUUUUUUAUCUACAAGCACUGAUAAGGACCGUAAACACAUUUAUUUCAUGUCUGGGUUAAUAAAACAAACAAGAUUUCAAAAUUCAAUGUGGACGUGAAAAGUUUUGCCCAUGCAAUUGUUGAAUUUUAGGUUGUGUAAAAAAAAGAAAAUAAUUCUUGACCUAGCAUAGGUUGUAAUAGUUUGUUGUGUUUUUAUCAUAGUAAUAUAUUUGUGGAUAUGUCUCGAUGACAGGGCAUUUCAAUAGUUACAAUCACACAAAUAAUCUACAGUGUAUGAGUCAUACGGCAUGCUAUUCAAUGCCUUUAUUGGACAAAUGAAAAAAGGGCUCUUGCAUAAAAUGCCAUGGAAACUGUUUCCACAGUUAUGUGGGUAUGGUUUGUUUACACCGCGUGGUAGUAUGUUGUUGCACACGGUACUGUAUUAUCUGAAAGCCUAAUAUGCGGGACACUAGAAAAUUCACUGGAUUCCACAACAACUUGAUGCUCUUGUUGCAACAUAUCUGUAAAACAAACCAAUGUGUUUAAGCAGUGUUUAGUGGUGAUCUUUUAUAUUAUCAACUUUUAACGUUUAAUGUACUUUAGAAAAUCUUCAUCGAUAUUGCGGUUUCCAUUCAGUAUGUCUACAUUAAUUUAGCAGAACUCAAAGUUUUUUUUGUUUUACUUUUUGUUUUUUUUAUCUUGGUUGCCUUUGGGAUCAUUCGUUAUUCUCUGCACUGUGUGCUAUUUUUGUGCUGUUAUGGUCUCAGUGAAAGGACAGAGGUAGCAGCUGUCUCAACUGGCCAAAUGUCUUUCAGGUCUUUGUAGUGAGCAUGGCGUGCCUUUUGUGAUUUGCUUUUCUCUUAUCAAAAGGGAUCUCCUUUUUACUUUGUCCAUACUGAUACAAGUCUAUGUUUUCGGAAGGCACUGAAACACUACGUAUGUGAUAGAAACGGUAUGCCAAAAAAUCUGAAGUACCUUGAUCUCAGUUCAUGUUCACAAUAGGACAUGUCUAUUUUCUGCUUUUGAUUUAGUCAGAAAUGUGUGUCUUCAGAUUAUUACCAAUACGUUAAAUUUAAAUUAUGACCAUAACCAAAAUCCUUCCCUGUUUAGUUUAUAUAGGUUUGAGUGGUCCAAUGUGUACACAGAUCUCUGUGAUCAAAGGAUUGUUUUGGUUGAUGUCAUGUUAUUUUUCCCAGCCACUUUCAUCAUUGUACUGCAUCAGCAAUGCACUUUCAGUUUGAUUUUAUGUCACUUAACAUAUAAUACAACAAGAAUGUACAGAAUGGUUGAAUUUGUUUGCUUGUUUUGUAAUGUGUAAUGUAAUGGCCUUUCAUUGUGUUCAAAGGGGAACAUUGGGCGUUGGUGAAAUAUAUGUUACCUGGGGCAGGUUUUCAGAUGAAUUUGUCAUGAUGUGGUGGCAGUGUGUCCUAAUCAAGAGUUAACCUGUCACAUUGAUCGCUAAAAUAAUGCAUGAUGAAAGGCCACAGUCUAUAAAACAUUUCAUUUGUUUUAAAUGUUUCAUUAUGCUAAAUAAUAAGACACAUUACACUAUUUUCAGGACUCAUAAAAGAAUGGAAUAUAUGCAAUAAAAUUCUGUAAUUUGUUGCUA